AUGCAGCUUGGGCAAUGGGCUGCUUCAAGGUCCGAUAUCUUCCCACCUGAACUAUGUGCUAUGAUGUCCUCCCUGCAUUCACAUGCGCCGGCACAUCCCCUACAUAUUACAAAACGUACGAUCAGUAGAGCAUUUAAUGGCCUACCUUUUGAUGAGAUAUUUGAGGAAUUCGACGAAAAACCACUUGGUGUAGGUGCUAUUGCCCAGGUGUACAAGGCAAAGCUGCGCCCGGACCUGGCUGGAUCCCUUGAUCGUGCGUCUAAACCUACCAAUCUCCGCGAGAAGAUGAGAAGAAACGUCAAUGUCCUGGUGAAGAGCACCCCAGAGAGCGUCCCGUCGUCAUACAUUGCGAUCAAGGUUCUCCAUCCAAAUGUUGAUAGGACCGUGCGACGAGAUCUACGGAUUAUGGGAUUUUUUGCUACCUUGAUACACUGGAUCCCUACUAUGGAAUGGCUAUCAUUACCUGAUGAAGUCGAGAAGUUUGGAGAAAUGAUGAAACUCCAAUUGGACCUACGGAUUGAAGCAGCGAAUCUAGCGUUUUUCCGGGAGAACUUCAAAUCAAGAACUACAGCUCGGUUCCCCUAUCCAUAUACUGAGUACACCACCCGCGAGGUCUUGGUAGAGGAGUUUGCUCAGGGUAUUCCGCUUGCUGCAUUCUUAGAGAAUGGUGGCGGUGUGUUCCAGCAUGACAUUGCUCAGGAGGGAUUGGAUGCUUUCCUUCACAUGUUGCUCAUUGACAACUUUGUCCACUCAGACCUGCACCCCGGUAACAUUAUGGUACGUUUCUACAAACCAAGCCAGCUGGACCUCUCCCUGAGUGUGCAGAGUCCCCACGGAGCCUUGGUAUCAGAGAGUGGGAAUACUGCAACAGAAUCGGUUCUUUCACGAUUGAGGAAGCACCGGAAGGAUCCAAAAGCUUGGAAUGAAACCCUGAAGCAGAUUGACGCCGAAGGAUACCGGCCUCAGCUGAUCUUCAUUGAUACCGGUCUUGUCACAGAGCUCAACGCUGUGAAUCGACGUGAUUUCCUUGACCUGUUCCGAGCCAUUGCUGAAUUCGAUGGUUACAAAGCUGGUUAUCUCAUGAUCGAGAGAUCCCGUCAACCUGACACCGUCAUUGACGCCGAAAUAUUUGCGCUCAGGAUGCAGCAUCUCGUUCUCAGCAUUAAGGGAAGAACAUUUGCCUUGGGAAAUGUGAAACUCGGAGAUGUAUUGAGUGAUGUUUUAUAUAUGGUUCGGAAUCACCAUGUGAGACUCGAGGGUGACUUUAUCAAUGUCGUCAUCUCCGCUCUUCUCCUGGAGGGCAUUGGUAGGAGAUUGGACCCAGAUUUGGAUAUAUUCAAAAAUGCAUUGCCAAUCCUCCGCCAACUUGGCUCCAAAUCUACGCUGCUCAAGUCCGUUCGUGAAGGAGACACAUCCAUGCUCCGCGUAUGGGUUGGGCUAGAAGCACGAAGCUUCCUCAAAGCCAGCAUCUCCAGCGUCGAAAAGUGUGUGAAGUACGAUCUCCUGUCCCCGAACAUUUAG